GUCGUGAGAUUUAGAGAUUACGAUAUUUCAAUCAGAUUCAAUUGCUCAAAUGACACCGAAUAACUUCAAUAUUUCAGAACUUUGGGUGGUCAGAUUCAAUUCAGAUUGUUAGACGCAAUCCAAGAAAAGAUCCGGCUAGAAUACCACCGCUAUGAGGUGGACAAUAGUGCGGAUUCGAUUUUGUCCAUUCUAACGAUCUAAGUUAAUGUAACUAAUAAAUCGUCGCUUUCCAUCAAAUCUAUUUUCGGGACCUUAGCAAUCGAGUAGUACUCAUCCUAAUAUCAACAUCAACCAGUACUGCCCUGCAUCAUCAUGUGAUGUUAAUGGAGAGCACAGCCUCCCUAAGCACAUCUGACCUCUUGACGUCGUAAGCAGAUGUUGUUGGUGAUUUCUGCGCAGCUUUGUUCUUUCUUGGCAUCUAGCUCCGUGGCUAUCUCUGGCUCUUGCUUCUAUGAUAUCGCUGCUUUCUUCCUCGACAACAUGUCUCUCAUCCUUCCCGCUCUGAAGCUCAACGACCGUAUCUUCUUCGCCUGGACCAAUAUUCAUUCCUGGCGAGCAAGUCUCCUCAUCAGUCUCAAUAGAGGCAAUAGCAAUAUCUGGAUCACUUAUUUCCUCACCACACCCAACUCCACACCCCUUUCCUUUCUUACACUCAUACCCACUCUCAAGCAACAAAACUCCCCAGAUUCCUCCCCUUCGACAUAUAAACACCCCCUCCCUCUGGCUCUCCAAACAUUCACAUCCCACCAAACAUCGAAAAUUACAUCCACACUGCUCACAUCCCCCACACACUUCCCCUGCACAAACCCUCCGUCUAUACCAAAGCCCCUAUACCUCCCAGGAAAUCUCAUCCUUUCCGCAAACGCAAAACCAUAUGCUCGUCUCAUAUCUUCAUAA